AUGUUCGCUCACGUUUUCUCCAGAAGAACGAGCUUCUUGGUACGUUGCUUCCACGUCGCUAAGAAAUUCUCGAAUCCUGAGCAAGAAGACAUUCUCUUUAGUGCUCUCUGUUUGAAUUUAAGACAAAGAAGAUGGAACACACUUCAUCAAUUCUCCCAAACUCUCACUAAUCCGUUGAUAAGCCGAGUUCUUCUCCAGUUUCGAACCUCACCGAAGCUAGCUCUAGAGUUUUACAACUGGGUUUUAGGUAAUAAAACCAUGGCUAAGUCUUCCGAGAAUCGUUUCGAAGCUUCUUGUGUGAUGAUUCAUUUGCUUGUAGAUUCGAGAAGAUUCGAUGAUGUUUUGUCAAUAAUGGUGGAUUUGAUGUCUGUGGAAGGUGGAAAUUUGAGUCCUUUACAUGUUUUGUCUGGUUUGAUUAGAAGUUACCAAGCUUGUGGUUCGUGUCCUGAUGUGUUUGAUUCAUUGGUUAGAGCUUGUACACAGAAUGGAGAUGCUGAAGGAGCUUAUGAAGUGAUUGAACAAACGAGAGCAGAGGGAUUCUUGGUUUCUGUUCAUGCGUUGAAUAAUUUCAUGGGUUGUUUAUUGAAUUUGAAUGAGAUUGAUUGGUUUUGGAAGGUUUACAAGGAAAUGGUUUCAUUGGGAUAUGUUGAGAAUGUGAAUAGCUUUAAUCUGGUUAUAUAUUCGUUUUGUAAGGAGAAUAAGUUGUUUGAAGCUUUAUCGGUGUUUUACCGGAUGUUGAAAUGUGGUGUUUGGCCUAAUGUUGUUAGCUUUAAUAUGAUGAUUGAUGGAGCUUGUAAGACUGGCGAUAUGGGAUUCGCGUUGCAGCUGUUAGGGAAGAUGGGAGUCAUGUCUGGGAACUAUGUCUCGCCUAAUGCUGUGACUUACAAUUCGAUUAUCAACGGGUUUUGCAAGGUUGGGAGAUUGGAUUUGGCGGAAAGAAUCCGCGGUGACAUGGUUAAAUCAGGUAUUGAUUGCAAUGAAAGAACCUAUGGAGCUUUAGUGGAUGCGUAUGGUAGAGCUGGAAGUUCAGAUGAAGCUUUAAGGUUGUGUGAUGAGAUGACAAUUAAGGGACUUGUGCCGAAUACCGUUAUUUAUAACUCUGUUGUUUACUGGCUGUUUACGGAAGGUGACACGGAAGGAGCGAUGUUGUUGUUGCGUGAUAUGAUCAGUAAAGAGAUGUGCAUUGAUGGGUUUACUCACGCCAUUGUAGUUAGAGGUUUAUGCAAGAACGGAUAUGUAGAGGAAGCUGUUAAGUUUCAGAGACAGAUUUCAGAGAAGAAACUCACGGAAGAUAUAGUUUGUCACAAUACACUUAUGCACCAUUUCGUUACGGAUAAGAAGCUGGCGUGUGCUGAUCAGAUUCUGGGGAGUAUGUUGAUUCGGGGUUUGGGUCUUGAUGCGGUUUCCUUUGGAACUUUGAUCGAUGGAUACAUAAAAGAAGGGAAGUUAGAAAGAGCUAUCGAUAUCUAUGACGGUGUGAUCAGGAUGAAGAAAACGCCGAAUCUUGUGAUUUACAAUUCGAUUGUGAAUGGAUUGAGCAAAAGAGGAUUGACAGGUGCAGCUGAAGCAAUGGUGAACGCAAUGGAAAGCAAAGACGCUGUAACUUACAACACAAUGUUGAACGAGUCUCUCAAAGCCGGGAAUGUCGAAGAAGCUAUCAAUAUCUUAUCGAAAAUGCAGAAACAGGAUGGCGAGAAACUGGUUAGUCUAGUGACUUACAACAUCUUGAUCAAUCACUUAUGCAAGUUUGGUUGUUACGAGAAAGCGAAAGAAGUCUUGAAGAUAAUGGUUCAUAGAGGUGUUGUUCCGGAUUCUAUAACAUAUGGAACUCUGAUUACAUCGUUUAGUAAGAACCGCGAGGGAGAAGAAGUCGUCGAGCUUCAUGAUUACAUGGUUCUUAAUGGAGUUAUACCUCAUGAACAUAAAUACCGAUCUAUUCUUGCGUCGUUGGAAAGUCAAUACAAAUCAAAUGGGUUUCUGCAACAGAUCACGGCAAGUGCAGAUUUUUCAAGGAAGAAGCAAGGAAGAAUGGCAGCUUCAGGACCGAAAAGCUCAGCUCCUAGAGGUUUUGGGCAACGAACAACGGUAGGAAGUUCACAGAAAAGAAUUCAGAAGAAGAACGGUGAAAAAGAUAGCAAUGCCACUUCUACAGUAACAAACGAGGUUUCAGGGGAUAGUAAGUUACCCGAAGAUAAAGUGGAUGUGCAGAAGAAACAAGGUUAUGUUGUUUUUGGCGAGAGGAAUGUGUUAGAUAGGUCAGAAAUCGAAGACGGAAGUGACCGUUUGGAUAAGAAAACAACCGAGGAUGAUGAAUUGUUAGAACAGAAGUUAAAAGUUGAAAGAGAGAACCUUCGUAGGAAGGAAAUAGAAGCGCUUGCAGUGGAAAAUUUGGCUAGAGGUGAUAGAAUGUUUGUGUAUCCAACUAUUGUGAAACCCGAUGAAGACAUAGAAGUGUUUCUCAACAGGAGUCUAUCGACUCUGAACAACGAACCGGAUAUUUUGAUCAUGGGAGCGUUUAACGACUGGAGGUGGAAAUCUUUCACAAGGAGAUUGGAUAAGACAUGGAUCCAUGGAGAUUGGUGGUCAUGUCUACUUCAUAUCCCCAAAGAAGCAUAUAAAAUGGAUUUUGUGUUUUUCAAUGGGCAAAGUGUAUAUGACAACAAUGGCUCAAAAGAUUUCUGUGUAGAAGUAAAAGGUGGGAUGGAUAAAGUUGAGUUUGAGAAUUUUCUUUUAGAAGAGAAAUGGAGAGAGCAACAGAAGUUAGCUAAGGAGGAAGCUGAGAGAGAAAGGCAAGAGGAAGAGAAGAGAAAAAUCGAAGCUCGAAAGGCUGCAAUUGAAGCUGAUAGAGCACAAGCAAAGGCGGAGACUCAGAAAAGACGUGAAAUGCUUCAACCGGCUCUUCAGCAAGCUGUAAUCUCGGUUGAGAAUGUUUGGUACAUUGAGCCGAGCAAUUUCAAAGCUGAAGAUAAAGUGAAGCUAUAUUACAAUAAAAGCUCAGGUCCUCUGGCUAAUGCUAAAGAAAUCUGGUUACAUGGAGGUUGUAAUAAUUGGGUUGAUGGAUUAUCUAUCGUUGAGAAGCUUGUUGAUGCUGAGUUAAAGGCUGAUCCAAAGAGCAAAGAUUGGUGGUUCGCUGAAGUCAUAGUGCCGCGUGGUGCUUUAGUCAUUGACUGGGUCUUUGCUGAUGGACCGCCUAAAGGAGCGGUUCUGUAUGACAAUAAUCGUUACCAAGAUUUCCACGCACUUGUUCCUCGAAGAAUCCCAGAAGAGAUUUAUUGGUUAGAGGAAGAAAAUCUGGUGUUUAGGAAACUUCAAGAGGACAGGCGUUUAAAAGAGGAAGCUAUGCGUGUCAAGAUGGAGAAAACAGCUCGCUUGAAAGCCGAAACUAAGAAAGGAACACUUAAAAAGUUUCUGCUUUCCCAGAAAGAUGUGGUUUACACCGAGCCUCUAGAGAUUCAAGCGGGAAACCCUGUGACAGUUUUCUACAAUCCUUCCAACACGGUUUUGAACGGAAAACCUGAUGUUUGGUUUAGAGGCUCUUUUAAUCGUUGGACUCACCGCUUGGGUCCUUUGCCACCUCAGAAAAUGGAAGUAGCAGAUGAUGAAAGCUCGCAUGUGAAGACUACAGCUAAGGUCCCGUUGGAUGCUUACAUGAUGGACUUUGUGUUCUCUGAGAAAGAGGAUGGCGGAAUAUUCGAUAACAGAAAUGGCUUGGAUUACCAUUUACCGGUUGUGGGAGGUAUUGCCAAGGAACCACCAUUACACAUUGUUCAUAUUGCUGUUGAAAUGGCACCCAUUGCUAAGGUUGGAGGCCUAGGUGAUGUUGUUACUAGUCUAUCUCGUGCUGUUCAAGAAUUAAAUCAUAAUGUGGAUAUCAUUUUUCCAAAGUAUGAUUGCUUAAAGCACAACUUUGUGAAGGACUUGCAAUUCAACAGAAGCUAUCACUGGGGAGGAACUGAAAUAAAAGUUUGGCAUGGAAAGGUGGAAGGUCUUUCGGUUUACUUCUUAGAUCCGCAAAAUGGAUUGUUUCAGCGAGGAUGUGUUUAUGGUUGUGCAGAUGAUGCAGGAAGAUUCGGUUUCUUCUGUCACGCGGCUCUUGAGUUUCUUCUUCAAGGAGGUUUUCAUCCAGACAUUCUUCACUGUCACGACUGGUCAAGUGCUCCGGUUUCAUGGUUAUUCAAGGAUCAUUACACGCAUUAUGGUUUAAAUAAGACCCGUGUUGUCUUCACAAUUCAUAAUUUGGAAUUUGGGGCAAAUGCCAUUGGUAAAGCCAUGACAUUUGCAGACAAAGCUACAACUGUUUCGCCAACGUAUGCCAAGGAAGUUGCUGGAAACUCUGUAAUCUCUCCACAUUUAUAUAAGUUUCACGGAAUAAUAAACGGGAUCGACCCAGAUAUAUGGGAUCCAUACAACGAUAACUUCAUUCCCAUACCUUAUACAUCAGAGAAUGCCGUAGAAGGCAAAAGAGCAGCCAAGGAAGAAUUGCAAAACAGACUUGGACUAAAGAAUGCUGAUCUUCCGGUAGUAGGAAUUAUUACGCGCUUAACUCACCAGAAAGGAAUACAUCUGAUCAAGCACGCUAUUUGGCGUACUUUGGAACGGAAUGGACAGGUUGUAUUGUUAGGUUCAGCUCCAGAUCCUCGGAUCCAAAAUGAUUUUGUAAACUUGGCAAACCAAUUGCAUUCUACUCACGGGGACCGAGCUCGGCUUGUUCUAACCUACGAUGAGCCUCUUUCCCAUUUGAUUUACGCGGGGUCUGACUUUAUUCUCGUCCCAUCGAUAUUUGAGCCAUGUGGACUGACACAGCUCAUAGCCAUGAGAUACGGCGCUGUACCAGUCGUAAGAAAAACUGGAGGGCUCUAUGACACAGUUUUUGAUGUCGACCAUGAUAAAGAAAGGGCACAAGCUCAAGUUCUAGAACCGAAUGGCUUCAGCUUCGACGGGGCUGAUGCUCCUGGUGUGGAUUAUGCUCUCAAUAGGGCGAUAUCCGCGUGGUACGAUGGUAGAGAGUGGUUUAACUCACUGUGCAAGACAGUGAUGGAGCAAGACUGGUCAUGGAACCGUCCUGCACUUGAGUACAUUGAGCUCUAUCACUCUGCACGCAAGUGA